ACCUUGUUGUUCGUAAUCCCUCCCUGGCAGAGGAAAUCUACGUUCUCAACGCGAUUUAUGGGGACCGCACCAUCACCGUCACCUUCGCUGAUGGCCAUCAUACCACAAUCGCAGUCAAGAUGCCACAUGUGAGCUACUCGUUCUUUCUGCAAGUCCCGCAGACUUAUCCUCGCUCCGUCCCAAGGGUCGUUGGGAUUGACAACCUCAUCGAAUUCUCGAGCCCACUCGUACGAAACAACAUUUUCUAACUCAAAGCCUGUGUCUUCUCUGUCUAUCAACCCGACACUGUGUACUUAUUCGAUGCCUUGGAAGAGUUCACACCGUUUCUGAAGACGCAAGCUCAGCGCCAGAAAAUGUCUGACGAAAAUCACCAAUCAACAUAUUCACCAGUCCAGACUGAACAGACACUGCAGCGCCUUGCAGCCCGAGCUCGUUCGAUGCGGCCUCUGAUGGCGGAUGGGUACAACGCCAAAAUCUCUGAUGUGGUGGAUAGCUCGAUCCCUCAUGUGGUGGACUGUGCGGUGUGUAUGGAGGCGUUUUUCGAGGUCCAGACCGCGAACUUGGAUUGCGGACAUUCAUACUGUCGAGAAUGUCUUCACGAGGGUGUCAAGAUCACGUUCCGGAGCAAGUCCGAAUUUCGAUGCUGCGGUAAAGGUCUUCCCAUGACGCUCAUUGGUGAGUAUGGCGACCUUGAGGAAAGUCUGCUCAGACACUUUUCUUCCUGGUUGCGCGAAAUUCAUUGUCCCAAUCCCCUGUAUUGUCCCUGGGAACACUGCUAUGAGUUCAUCGUGCGGUCUUCUCUGGGAAUCGACACCAAGUGUCCCCGAUGUAAGCAGGGUCUGUGCUUGGCGUGCGGCGGCAAAGAACACCAAGGUGUGUGCAAGACGAACAAGAAACUCACAGCUAUGAUCGAAGAGAAAGGGUGGAUGUUCUGCCCACGCUGCCCGCAAGUCAUCGAGCGUAGCGCGGGCUGUAACCACAUGACGUGCCGUUGUGGUGCCAGAUUUUGCUACCGCUGUGGGUCUGCAUCCCGGUCGGAAGGCUGGAAUGGGUGUCGAUGCAAGGUCUUCGGUUGACUGGGCGACUGUGACGAAGAGAAUGGUAUUUUGGACGAGCCAGCAGACUUGGGUGGCUGACUGAAUCGUCAAGAGGGAUUGUGGCAAGGAGCUGUAUUCUCAAUCAAGGAACAAAGCACACUCGAGCAUGCAUCACAUAAGAUAGACAAAAAGCCCAAAGCUGAUUCAAUAAGAAAGCCCCGAGCCUGUCUCUAGAAAAGGUGAUGCUGUUUGCCCA